UAGUAUGGAUUAAAGGCUAAAGGGGUUGAGAAGUCAAAGCUUGUCAGUUUCUUCUCCCCAACUUUCAGAAAAUCUAUUUUUACCUAUCCCAGCUCAGGAUCGAGGCUGGACUCUUCUCACUUGCUUGUGCUUGCUGGUGGAUUCCAGUACAAACCAAGGACAACACGAUCAUACAGGAAUUGUGGAGAUUUUUCACUUUUAAAGUUGUCUUUAAGCGACUCGCAUAUUAGAUAAUCAUAUGGAUUUAUUAUUUUUGUUUUUCCUCACUUGGAAUGUGGAAUAUUUCUCACAUUGGAAAACAAACACUAACUACUAAUGCCGUGUACUUUCUCAAUCCACUUGGAAUCUAGAUGGUGCUAUUUGAACAAAUACUCCAAUCAUGAUUUGGGACCUGUGUAGAAAAUCUGCUCCAGCCAGCGGUGGCUUGGGGUUAUGUUGUAACCAGCACAGCUUUGGAGUAAAGACCUUCAGAGUGCCAAGGGAGGUGUUCCCAUCAAAGCAGACACUGACAUCGUCGUAAACUCAUCUGGCCUUUUGUGGCUGAAGCGUCAGGAUUGCUGUUGAAAGAAAAUGACAAAUCAUAGAGAUUCUUGUCGUCUACACAACCUGGCCUACCAUCCUCCAUGGUGGCACAGUACAACAAAAAUGAAGAGAAAUAAGGACACAAGAACAACAAGUAGUUCUGAAGGAUGUCGUCAGCUCAAAACAUUGUCAGCUUUGUUGCUAACAUCAUCACUAUCAAAACCACAGUUGCCAUUCUCUUCCAUGCAUCUCUUCAGGAGUUGGAAGGAAAAACUGUCUCUUCUGUUCUUGUUCAUAAUCUCUUUUUUCCCCUGUCAAAUAUGGGCCACAACUUUCAAAGUUGCCUUGGUUGGACCCUGGACCUGUGACCUCUUAUAUUCUAAAGCCCUUCCUGACCUGGCAGCCCGCCUUGCCAUCAGUCGCAUCAACAAAAACCCCUACCUCAACAGAGGCUACUGGUACGACUAUGCACUGGUCAAUGAGGAUUGUAAGUCUACUCGUGCCCUAGUUCGCUUUUCAGAUCUGGAAGGUUAUGGAGCUGCUUUCCUGGGUCCAGCCAACCCGGGUUACUGCUCCUCAGCAGCUUUGUACACAAAAGAGUGGGAUGUUGGGAUUCUCUCUUGGGGUUGUCUGAAGCCCUACAUGAAAACUGUAGACAUGUUUCCCACUUUUCUGAGGCCGCUGCCAUUGUCCUCCAAUGUACUGUUUACUGUGUUGCGGUAUUUUCGAUGGGCCCAUGUGGCCAUUAUCUCAGAGGACACCGAUUUGUGGGAAGCAACAGGACACGAGUUAGCCUCUUCCCUGAGGGCCCUUGGCCUUCCUGUUAACCCUGUUGUCACCAUGGAGACAGAGAAGGAUGGGCCUCGCAGUGCCCUGGCGAAAGUUAGAGAAGCAGAUCGGGUCAGAGUGAUCAUCAUGUGCAUGCCUUCAGUCCUGAUUGGUGGCCAAGCCCAAUACCAGCUUCUGACCACAGCCUUAGCCAUGCGUAUGAUAGACCGCGGCUAUGUGUUUAUUCCCUACGAUACUCUUCUCUACUCACUGCCCUACAAAGACGCAUUCUACUACAUGCUGGGAAAUGACACCAAGCUCCGGAGAGCCUUUGAUGGAGUUCUCACCAUCACAAUGGAGUCUGGAGAGCGUAAUUUCUAUGAGGCCUUCAAAGAUGCACAAGAUAGGUUUGAACUACGCAGCUCCACUCCGGCAGAGCAGGUUUCUCCUUUCUUUGGUACCAUUUAUAACAUGAUGUACUACAUAGCCAUGGCUGUUGAACAAACCCGCGCCAGUGGAGUUCACUGGGUAACUGGUCGUUCAUUGGGUAACAGUGAGGGGGGCUUUGAGUUUGAAGGCUUCAAUCAGCCCCUGCAAGCUGGAAGAAACGGUGAAGGAAUGCAAGCUGGUUACGUAGUCCUGGACUACAGCGGCAUGGGCAACUCCCUAUACUCCACCCAUUUUCUUCACCCAACUCACACAGACACCAUGACUGGGGGUUUGAGAUACCUUGGCCGUUCAGUCCAUUUUGCAGGCAGCACCCCGUACACCGACUCGAGUUGCUGGUUUAGCCCAUACUUUGCAUGCAGUGGAGGCUGGGAUUCAACGACUGCAUUCUUUGUUUUUGUUUUACUCAUUUUGUUUGCCGGGUUUGGAGCAAACAUCAUAUUACGAUUCAAGAGAGAAGGCAGGGUUGGCUUUAGCUUUGGGGGUGAUGGAAACGGCGGGCCAUCAAAAGUAGUCCUAACCCUCGAUGAUCUUGUCUUCAUCAACACUCAAGUCAGCAAAAGGAAGCUGAAUGAUGAGAGCAUUGUAAAAAGCCAAAUGGAUUUGAAGACGCCGCACCACUCAGUCUCUGGCCGCAGCUACUUGGCGUCCACGCCAGACAGCUCAAACAUUGCUGUAUAUGAGGGAGACUGGGUCUGGUUGAAGAAAUGUCCCACUGGGUCAGUGUCAUCUGUUAGCAGCAGCACUGAGAUGCUCUUUGUUAAGCUCCGAGACAUGAGGCAUGAAAACCUCAACCUGUACCUGGGAUUAUUCUUUGACUCUGGGAUCUUUGGCAUUGUAACUGAACACUGCAUCAGGGGCAGCUUAGAGGAUUUGCUGGCAAAUGAAGAUGUGCGUCUCGACUGGAUGUUCAAGUCCUCCUUGUUAAUGGACCUCAUCAGGGGAAUGAAGUACCUCCAUCACCGCAACAUCAUCCACGGCCGACUCAAGUCCCGCAACUGUGUUGUCGACGGGCGCUUUGUGCUGAAGGUGACAGAUUAUGGGUUUAAUGAAAUCAUGAACACACAAGAAGUUGACGUAGAAGAGGAAAAGGCCGAAGAUUUGCUUUGGACAGCCCCCGAGCUGUUACGAAACUUAAAUCUGAGGAGAAAAGGCUCUUUUCCUGGGGAUGUUUACAGUUUUGCCAUCAUAAUGCAGGAGGUGGUUUCUCGCUCCGCCCCUUUCUGCAUGCUGGACAUGCCUCCUAAAGAAAUUAUCAGCAAGGUAAAAGAGUCUCCGCCUCUGUGUCGACCUGUUGUGUCUGUGGAAGAGGCCCCAUUGGAUAUAAUACAAUUAAUGAAGCAAGCUUGGAGCGAAGAACCGGACAAAAGGCCCACUUUUGAGGAAAUCUUCAAACAGUUUAAGGGUAACUCAAAAGCCAAGAAAACCAACAUCAUUGACUCCAUGCUGCGAAUGUUAGAACAAUAUUCCUCCAAUUUGGAGGACCUGAUCAGGGAGAGGACAGAAGAGCUGGAGGUGGAAAGACAGAAAACCGACAACCUGGUGGCUCAGAUGUUACCAAAGUCUGUGGCCCAGUCACUGAAGCUGGGCAAGCCUGUGGAACCAGAACACUUCAGUGAAGUCACGUUAUACUUCAGCGAUAUUGUGGGCUUCAGCACCAUCUCAACUCUCAGUGAGCCCAUCGAGGUGGUCGACUUACUCAAUGACCUGUAUUCGCUCUUUGAUGCCAUCAUUCCCUUACAUGACGUCUACAAGGUGGAAACAAUAGGUGACGCCUACAUGGUGGCCUCAGGCGUUCCUACAAGGAACGGCAACCGUCAUGCAGCGGAAAUAGCCAACAUGUCCCUCGACAUUCUGCACUGCAUCGGAACCUUCAAGGCCAGGCACAUGCCUGACCUAAAAAUCAGGAUCCGCAUUGGCUUGCAUUCAGGGCCGGUCGUCGCAGGAGUAGUUGGUCUAACGAUGCCUCGGUACUGUUUGUUUGGAGACACUGUCAACACCACAUCUCGAAUGGAGUCCACAUCAUCGCCUUACAGAGUUCAUGUCAACCAAAGCACAGUCAAUCUCCUGAACAGCCUGAAACUGGGAUACAAGAUUGAUGUCAGAGGCCUCACUGAGUUAAAGGGAAAAGGCAUCGAGACAACUUAUUGGUUGGUGGGGAAAGAUGACUUCAAGAAGUCUCUGCCAGUUCCUCUGGAUCUUCAAGGAGGAACCGAUUUUGGGAUCACUAUUGAAGAGAUUCCUCCCGAUAGAAGACAAAAAUUCUUGGAUCGACAGAAGAAGGCAUAACCCUUGAUUUGUUCCUGACGGCAAAGAUUUGGAGAAUCUUUGCAGCAGCAACUGUUGAGACAAAACAAGGUUUCUCAAACUUGCUACAAAUUUGUCAAGUUUUUAGACCAAAGUAACAUUUCUUGCAUCUUUUCAGAGCUUCCUCUUAGAUUGAUCUCAGCAGUGCCACAAUAAACAAUGACUCCUGGAUGCAAAAAACAGAUUCAGUAAGGGCAACGGAACUGUGCUUAGAUGGCAGUUGCUUUUGACGGAAGGUACGACAUAAUGUGCCUGUCAAAGGUGCAAAUACAUUUCAGAGCUGUGCUGGUGUACGGAGCACUGAUCCCCCAAAAGGGGAGAUUAGGGCAAAUGCCAGAUGUUUUCACUGCUCUGCUGCAGGUACUCUACAUAUGCAUACCAAACUGUGAAGGUUUUUUAGAAAUGUUCUCAUGGGAACCCUGAUCACACAAUGGUCAACUAUUACACUGUACUGGUCUGGAAAUUAUUGCUAGCUAUUCACAAUAAGUCCAGCAUCAAUGAGUAAAGUAUUUUAAGGUAGGACACAGACAGUCAGGGUUUUGGGUGUUGGGACAGUAAAACAAAUCUGAAUAAAUGAAGUCAAAUUGUGCAGAAAAGGCUGUUCAUGCGGAAAAUCUAAUGUUCAUUUUAUAAACAUUUAAAAAUAUCAAUGUUCAUUGUAAUAUAACCUUAGACCACACUUUAUUAUUGAUUUACUGAGUGCAUCAUUCCCAUGUCAGUCUCCAGCGAUUUAUGUUCCUUUUGUUUUAACAAUUCCAUCUUUUUUCUUUUAAUUGUAUGCAAACAAGAGUCCAAACAAGCUGGUAAAGGCGGGUUAGAUUUGUCGUGCGUGCAGUCCAUUAUUACGGCAUGCAUGGCUGAAUGCGUUGCGUGUUCAUCGCUGCAUUAGACCCUGUUGGAUCCAGUAAGUCUGUUCUGCACUGCUGCACAGAUGGCUUUAGUGACCUGACAGAAACGAUCAGCUGCAGUAGCAGAUUCCGCUCCGUCUUGUGUCUCACCAUCUUUUUACAAGGACACGUCGGCCACCCAUUAACUCCUGUUUACGAACAUUGACCGGGUCUGUGGGGCUUCUUGCUUCAAACGUUCACCCCACAUUCACCCCACCCCCCCACCCCCCAAGGGAUGCUGUGCAUUUUACACAGAAUAAGAUGAUGACUCCUUCCAAGUCAUUUCUCUUCAGCUUGGGGAUGUGUAUAUACUGUAAAUGUGUACAUAGUUUCUGCCCUGCAGACUUAGGGGCUUUUUAGAGGGUUUUUUUCUGCUUGAGUUACCAAAUCCUCUGACUCAAAAGGGGGUUUCAACUAAAAAGCAGGGGUUUAAUCACAGUGCAUUUGAAAAGCAAGCAGAGGCAUUGUUGCUGACAUUGAUACAGCAAUGUCAGGAUGUGGGUUCUCCUUGAGAAUAUAGACUCUAGACACAUUUUUCGUGGCAGCUUGCUGCUGAUCACUUUGAACCUGUUCUGGUUUAUUGCAGUGUAUAGUUUAAAAAAAACUGCACAUCUUAUCAGUUGAUUAACAAAUUGUUUGACAUUUUUCCUGCCACAACAUUUAGCAGGGCUGCCUUGUCAUCGAUGUUUGAUGAAAUCCAUGGCAAAGAGUAUAUGGUAUACAGUCCUGGAUCAGGAAAGCACAAAAGUGGUUUGGGUCUACAAAGGCUAUCCGAGCAGACUUCAUCAAAACACAAGACAGAACUUUUCUAGAUUUAUCACCAAUUUGCCAAACAGGUAGAUUUUAUCAAAAGAGGGGCAGCGCUGUUCAUUUGGAAAGUGAUCUCAGUGUGUAUCUGUAAAUAAAUUCUUGUUUUAGUGAAA